AUGAGUGGAACAGUGACUGAAACUUUGGUUCCCGGGAAAUUCUUGUGUGUAAUGGUUCAUUUGCUACUUAUCAUAGUGAUUUAUUAUCUGAGAGACAAUAAUAUUUACGCGGGCGUGAAAUCAACAGUAGCAUCUGAUGACGAUGACUACAAAUCUGCUGAAGCUGUUCUUUUAGUUUCUCUCGCAUUUACAACUAUUUGUUUGGCAUUUGAAUUGAUAAUUAUUGUAAUUGGGCUGACUAUUUAUUUUGACACUUUGAGCGCGACGUCAAUAUUUCUUCAUGCCCUUGGGAUUUUAUUUUCUAUUUGGUUUGUUCUCUUGUAUUGGCCUUAUUGGAUAUAUUGAUACAUUUGGCUUUUUACCUCUUUUAUUCCUUUUUUCUUUGAAUUCAUGACGGUUCUUACUGCAAGAAUUUUCUUCUUAUAUGCCAAAAUAUAUUAAUUUUCAUAUAUUUUGAUAAGUAAAAAUACUAAUUUUUAUAUAAAAAUCAGUAUUUUAUAGUAAAAUUCUGCUUAGCCUAGUAUACAAAUAUUAA